UACUUCAUUACUUUGUCCCUCAGUCAACCCGUGUGAGCAUUUGACAUGUUACUGUUGCAGACUGUGUGUUUCUCAAACGCGCGGCUGCAUCACGUGUUUCAAAACAUAUGAGUGAUAUUAACUUAGCUGGCCGGACGAGCUAGCUAGCAUGAACCGGCUGCCAUAGUGGUGACUGUUGGAGACGUUUAUACAGAGCGAACGUCACAAUGGACUUGCCACAUCAGGGGUUCAGACCAACUAAACCAAGGGCUCGUGCAGCUCCCUCCACAGCUGACUCUAUCCUUUUUGAUGACACCAGCUCUGUAGCACCAGCAAUGAACAAUCAAGGCUACUACACUCCUGGGUACAAUAUGGCAGGACCCUCGCAUGACAUGCAAGGAGGUGCUGUGCCGAACAACAUGUUUGCUGACCCAAUGGCCAAUGCUGCAAUGGUGUACGGCUCCUCAUUAGCAAACCAAGGAAAAGAUAUGAUGAACAAAGAGAUCAGCAGAUUCAUGUCCGUGAACAAGCUGAAAUACUUCUUUGCAGUUGACACCAAAUAUGUAAUGAAGAAACUCAUGAUCCUCAUGUUCCCUUACACACAUCAGGAUUGGGAAGUUCGUUACCAUCGGGACGCUCCACUGACUCCAAGACAGGAUGUAAAUGCACCAGAUCUUUACAUACCAACGAUGGCUUUCAUCACCUACAUUUUACUGGCUGGAAUGGCCCUAGGCAUUCAAAAACGGUUCAGUCCAGAGGUCCUUGGACUGUGUGCCAGCACCGCCCUCGUGUGGGUAAUCAUCGAAGUCUUGUUGAUGUUGUUGAGUUUGUACCUGCUGACGGUACACAGCGACCUCUCGACCUUUGAUCUCAUUGCCUACAGUGGAUACAAAUAUGUUGGGAUGAUCUUCACCGUGUUGUGUGGCUUAUUGUUCGGCAGCGACGGAUAUUAUGUGGCACUCGUGUGGUCCUCUUGCGCCCUUAUGUUCUUCAUUGUCCGAUCUCUGAAAAUGAAAAUCCUUCCCUCUCUCUCUUCGGACUCCAUUGGAACUGGAUCCAGUGUGAAACACCAAUUUCGGCUUUAUAUCACUGUGGCGACUGCAGUGUUUCAGCCAGUGGUCAUAUACUGGUUAACCUCUCAUUUGGUCAGGUGACCGUGAUGCAGUCAAUUAACUUCAAGUCCAAUUUUAUUGGAGCUAAAACAUGUUGAGUGUUUGUACACCUGCCUUUAUACGCUUGUUUUUCAGUAAACUCAAAACCUAUGUAGACGUUGUUGGACUGCAGCGUCUCUUGUGGUUAUUAAUGAAAUGUUUCACUGAUUUAACCACAAAGUGUGACACAGAAACUGUCUCAUGAACAGUAGUUCUGACAAAUGAUUAUUUUUGGCCACCUAACUUUGAAGACAAGGGCUUUCUUUGUGAAAUCUGUUUCAUCAUAACUUUGAUUCAGUUUAAAUUUCUUUUUUAUAUAAUGUACCUGGAACUGCUUUCCAGUAUUUCACCCCACAGUACACACACACACACACACUGUACACACACACACACAGACAGACAUAAAAUGCACAUUACACAUGAUUCAAGUACCAUUUUUCUGGUAUGGUGGGUAUGUUGCAUUAUCCCUCUAUCUUGUGAGUCUUGGAUUGUAUUUAUCUACAUUUGACAAAGCAUGUUUUGAUUUUUUUUAGGGAAUAAAUAAAUAUAUUUAGCUUGGGGAAUUCAA